AACACUAACGCUGCUAUGCUCAGUAACUAUGAGUUGUUCAAACUCCUGACUGACCUUAAGGAACAAAGGAAGGACAGCGGGAAGAGCAAACACAGCACCGGGCAGCAGAACCUCAACACCAUCAUGUAUGAGACGCUGAAGUACCUGUCAAAGAUGCCCUGCAGCAGGCAGACUCCAGAGAUCGUCAAAGAGUUCCUGACCACCAUGAUGCCUCACAAACUCACAAAGGCAGAAAAACUGCAGCUAUUGAACCACCGGCCACAGACAGCAGUGGAAAUUCAGCUAGUGAGUGUUAAACUUAUUAUCUUAACAUGUUAGCUUACCUCUCUUUAUCUCUUUUUCACUACUGGUGUA